AUGCGUUGUGCGUUAAUUUCUACGUUCAUAGCAGCCAGUGAUGUACUGGCAGAUACAGAUUGCGGAAAACUCCAAGGGCCACUUUCAGGACUUGAAUGUGGAGAGGAAAGGUGGUGUUCGAAUGGUUUUACUUGCAAUAUUCAAGCGGACUCCUGCGACUACACAUGCGAAGAAAAUUGCCCUUCGGUGAUCUUAAUAGGAAAUGCUCCCACUGAUGAAGAUUUACCCGGGCGCCAGGAGACCUCCGUUCUUGGGGAAGUUUGUCAAAGCUCUGCCUUUGAAGACCGGAGAAAGGACCUCGAGCAUUAUAAGUGCUCAAUGAGUAAUGAGGGCUUGAUAGUCAGUGUCACCGUUCCGGAUGUCGUCAGAUUGUACGACUGGGACACGCGCAAGAUUACUCUUAUUCCAAAGUCUGUAGCGGACAAACAGGAUCCUAAGAAGCCAACAACUGUAUUUGAAAGCAUCGGCGCUACUGAUCAGAAUGCCUGCAUCGGAAUCGCUAGUAAUGGUUUCGUCCAUUUUAACGUCUCGCAAAACGAAAACUGUCGAUUUGACAAAUCCGAUUUUGACAAUGGAAUGCAUGAGUACAAGUUCACCGUGGGAUACGAUGAUUUAGUCGACGAUACAAAUCCCUUGAAAGACGGCACAUUUCCGGUUAUUAAAUACGGUCGUCAAUGGGAUCUUAGCUGCUCUCUCGAUGGGCUCGGAGCUAACUCAGUCGAGGUCUCCGCUAGCGGUGAUAGACUGCUGGACCUAAUGGAUGACACCGAAAAAAUCGACUUCGAUCUUGAAGUUUUCGGCGCAAAUGACUUUAAAACUCCCUUCACGACGAAAAACAUUGAUCCAAUGGUGGAAGAAAUUCCGUAUGCUUACUUCAAAGCGUCCGCUUUUAUCAAGAAUGAAUUCCCAGACGACGAAACUGAUCAUUUUCUGCAUAUAAAAAGAUGUAACGCAGAGCUCAUUGAUACUUCUGGACAGUCGCUGCAGACACAGCGAUUACUAUUCAAGGGGUGCAAAGAAGACAAUGCCUUUGCAGAUAGAAAUGUUCUCCAAUACGAUCGAGUUCUUAUGGACGCAUACAACAGCGAUUAUUUCCGUCUUCAUCUGUGGAAGCCACACGGGUACGGAGAGUAUGAAUUCUCCGUGACAUGCCACAUGUCUGUCUGCACGAUGGCGGAUGUUCUAGCUGGAAAUAAACAUUGCAUUGAUAAUUGCGAUCGCUACGAUGCAUUUAAAAGUAAUGGUAGAAAGCGAAGAUCUACUACCUUUGAUGAGUCCUUGAUCCCUCGACAUGAAGUUUCGAAAACCAUCCGUAUAAAAUUUCUUGAGCACGGCAGCGCCCCCUCUCCCAAGAUAAUUCAUAUUAGCGAUGAUAUCAUUUCCCUCCCAGACAUAGAAGUUCUUGAUAAUAAGAACCGUUUCGUCCCCCUCGAUGUAUAUUAUCACGAAAAUAAUGUAGAAUCUAGUGGGGAAGAAUUCAAGCCGGAAAUAACCCUCAAAAUUUCACCCGAUAAUUCUGUUGAUGAUGAGCAUCGCUUUCCAACAGAAAUCAGGAAUAUCCCGGAGAAUAAUUUCCAAUUGAACAACAGAAACAUCGCUCUUAUUUCAAUCGGGAUUAUUUGCAUCAACGCGUUUGUCCUUAUUUUAAUCAUAUCAAGAUGCAAACAAAACUAG